AUGGCACUUUGCGGGCGAAGAAAUCGGUCGAAGUUGAUACUUUGUCUUCUCGGUUUGUCAGUAGUUGGAUUCUUCAUGUUUCAUAAGCACAAUUCAAGAGAUGUGACAAGUAGAAGAGAAGUGUCAUCGGAUUCACAUCUCGCGGAGGAUGAUGAAAUUCUAAAGAGACCUGUAUACGAAAAACCCCCACUGGAUAUAAAUGCUUUAGGUGAGAUGGGAGCAGCCGUUAAACUGGACUUGACGGGUGAAGAGAAGAGGAAAGAAGAAGAAAGUAUUAAAAAACACCAAAUAAACACAUAUGUGAGCGACAAAAUAUCGCUUCAUCGCAGGUUACCUGAAAGAUGGAAUCCUCUCUGUAAAAACCUGAAAUAUGAUUAUCGAAGCCUGCCCUCCACAUCAGUGGUGAUUGCAUUCUACAAUGAGGCCUGGUCCACUCUGUUACGCACGGUACACAGUGUCCUGGAGACAUCACCUGACAUACUACUGCGGGAGGUGAUUCUGGUGGACGACUACAGUGAAAGAGAGCAUUUGAAGCAGCCUCUGGAGAACUACAUAGCUAACCUGCGGAAGGUGCGGCUGAUUCGAGCACGAAAGAGGGAGGGCCUCGUGCGAGCCCGGCUCCUCGGAGCCUCCAUCGCCACGGGCGAUGUCCUUACAUUCCUUGACUGUCACUGUGAAUGUCACGAGGGAUGGCUGGAGCCCCUCCUUCACAGAAUAAAGGAGGAGCCUUCCGCUGUGGUGUGUCCAGUGAUUGAUGUCAUAGACUGGAACACUUUUCAGUAUCUUGGCAACCCUGGGGAGCCUCAGAUCGGAGGCUUUGAUUGGAGGCUGGUCUUCACCUGGCAUGCUGUCCCGGACCAUGAGCAGAAGAGGCGGAGCUCUCCUACUGAUGUUAUCAGGUCUCCUACCAUGGCUGGAGGUCUGUUUGCUGUUAGUAAGCGAUACUUCCAUUAUCUUGGCACAUAUGAUACAGGAAUGGAGGUGUGGGGAGGAGAGAACCUGGAGUUCUCUUUCAGGAUCUGGCAGUGUGGGGGAACGCUGGAGGUCCACCCCUGCUCUCACGUUGGCCAUGUCUUCCCCAAGAAGGCGCCCUACUCCAGGAGCAAGGCUCUGGCCAACAGCGUCAGGGCUGCUGAGGUGUGGAUGGAUGAAUAUAAGGAGCUAUACUACCACCGUAACCCCCACGCACGCAUGGAAGCGUUUGGCGAUGUGACGGACAGGCAGAAGCUCAGAAUGCGUUUACGUUGCAAGAACUUUAAAUGGUUCCUGGAUAACGUUUAUCCUGACAUCCACAUUCCAGAAGACAGACCAGGCAUGUUUGGGAUGCUGAAGAGCCGAGGCAUGGAAAACCACUGUUUUGACUACAAUCCGCCUGAUGAUCACAAUGUCGCUGGUCACAGGAUCAUUCUCUAUCCCUGUCACGGCAUGGGGCAAAACCAGUUCUUUGAGUAUUCUUCGUACAAUCAGAUUCGCUAUAACACGCGGGAGCCUGCAGGCUGUGCUGUGGCGGAUCCUGUCUCUACCUUCCUCUCUGUGCAGCUGUGCAGUAAGCCGAGGCAGCCGGUGCCCGAGGAGCAGAAGUUCCAGCUCAGAGAGGACGGCACACUGUACCACGUACAGACGCAAAAGUGUGUGGAGGCAGUGGACAAAACUGAUGCCGGCAGCCCGGGCCCCGCCCUGAGGCCAUGCUCAGGCUCCGCCCACCAGAAGUGGUUCUUCGAGGAGAGAUCGUAG